AUGGUAUGCUUUAAACGGGAAAGGGAGAACACCUCCAAAAAUCGAAGUACUACUACUACCGGUGCUACCCCAUGUGCAACUACGGGAAAACAACCAUCCACGCCAUCUAAUUCGUCCCAAAUAGUCAAUAUGGUGGCUACCAGCACAUCAGUGUCAAAUUCUGCAACGUAUAUCAAAUCAACGGUUCUUCUGGCUACUGCAGUGCUUCUUGUUGAGGACGAUCAUGGCAACCAAGUACCAGCACGCGCACUUCUCGAUUCAGGCUCUGAGAGUAACUUCAUCUCGGAGAAGUUAAGUCAACGGUUGAAGGUAGACCGUAAAAAGGUGGAUAUUUCUGUUCUGGGUAUUGGACAAGCAGCUACAAGGGUUAAACAACGGAUUCAGGCAACAAUUCGUUCAAGAAUAUCGGAUUUUACACGGGAAAUGGGCUUUCUCGUGUUACCUAAGGUUACGGUACAUUUGCCAACGGCAACGGUAAAUGUGAAGGGAUGGAGUAUUCCAGAGGGUAUCCAACUCGCCGAUCCCUCGUUCUGUGUGUCUAUGGGAAUAGACUUAGUACUAGGCAUUGAGGCGUUUUUCGACUUCUUCGUAUCUGGUCGAAAAAUCACAUUGGGAGAGCAGAUGCCGUCAUUGAAUGAAUCCGUAUUUGGAUGGGUGGUUUCUGGCGGGCUGUCAUCGAUCGAGCAGGCGCCACGUGUCAGCUGCCACGUGACUACGAAAGGACUGGAUGAAUUGGUUGCAAAAUUUUGGGCUUGUGAGGAAAUCGAGCUCAAAAGGUCAUAUUCAAAGGAAGAAGAACGAUGUGAGGAAAUAUUUAAACAGACAGUACAGCGUGGCACUGACGGACGAUAUACGGUUGCGUUGCCAAUGGUUGAGGAUGCCUUUACUCGUCUGGGUGAAUCAAAAAAUAUCGCAUUACGACGUCUCCAAGGAACGGAGCGGAGGUUGGCAAGGAAUUCUGAUUUGAAGCAGCAAUAUUUGGCAUUCAUGAGCGAAUAUAUAGAGUUAGGGCAUAUGCGGUUGAUUAAGGAAACCCAACGACCCCCCCCCCCCCAUCAUCCCGUGGUGAAGGAGGCCAGUACGACCACUAAGGUCCGCGUCGUUUUUGAUGCUUCAUGCAAGACCUCCGCGAAUAUUUCGUUAAACGAGGUGCUGUUGGUGGGACCGGUAAUCCAGGAGGAGUUACGUUCGAUUAUAUUGCGUUGCAGAACGAAGCAAAUCAUGUUGGUCGCCGACGUUGAGAAAAUGUUUCGGCAAAUCUUCAUUAGGCAAGAUGAUAGACCACUGCAGUGUAUUCUUUGGCGGUCGUCGCCCACGGAUGAAGUAGCAACGUAUGAACUUAAUACGGUGACAUACGGAACUAAGCCUGCCCCGUUUCUUGCGACACGAACAUUAACCCAACUGGCAAGAGAUGAAGGAGCACGAUUCCCUCUAGCAGCGAGGGCGGUUAUGGAAGACACCUAUAUGGAUGACGUUAUCACGGGGUCGAACGACCAGGAGGAGGCACAUCAAUUAAGGCUGCAAUUGGAUGCAAUGAUGAACAGUGGAGGAUUUCGUCUUCGUAAAUGGGCAUCGAACUGCGCUGAGGUUUUACGUGAAAUUUCGACGGAGAAUCUAGCGAUAAGCGAUGUGAGUGGUAUAAAUCUAGACCCAGACCCUUCUGUGAAGACACUAGGAUUGACCUGGAUGCCAAGAACGGACGUUUUCAGAUUCCAGUUCAAUAUCCCGCCACUGGAAAGAUAUGAGGAGCUUUCUAAACGCCAAAUCCUUUCGAUCAUAGCUACGCUUUUCGAUCCAUUGGGGCUCAUCGGAGCUGUUAUUACAUCAGCCAAAAUAUUCAUGCAACUAUUGUGGACUUCGCAAACAAAGAAUGGGAGCAGAUUAGACUGGGACGAACCGCUACCUUUGACGGUGGGUGAGAGUUGGCGGAGGUUUUAUUCAAGAUUACCUUUGCUCAACGAAAUUCGCAUCAAUCGUUGCGUCAUCCUCCCAGGAGCGGUGACAGUAGAACUUCAUUGCUUUAGUGAUGCUUCAGAAAAGGCGUAUGGAGGGUGUGUCUACAUCCGAAGUAUGGAUUCAACAGGGAACGUAGCUGUACAACUGUUAACCUCAAAAUCCAAGGAUGCUCCAUUAAGGUGUCAAACGAUACCGAGAUUAGAGCUUUGUGGAGCGGAGCUGGUAGCAAAAUUAUAUGGCAAAAUUCAACAGUCGUUGAAGCUCAAUUUACCCACCUACUUUUGGACCGACUCUACGUGUGUACUGCGCUGGAUUCAAGCAGUUCCUACUACAUGGAGUACCUACAUCGCUAACAGAGUGUACAAAAUACAAGGUCUAACGGAACCAAAUACUUGGAGGCACGUUCCGGGAGUCCAAAACCCAGCAGACCUGAUUUCAAGAGGCAUCAGCGCAGAGGACAUAUUGCAUAAUGACUUCUGGUGGCACGGGCCAUCAUGGUUGGCUGAGAGUCAAGAGUGUUGGCCUAAGACUCUAAUAAAUGAAGUUGACGAUGAAGCAGAGAAGGAGAAACGUCGGGCAGUAAUAGCAGCCACAGUAUCUUCGACAGCAGAAUUUACAGACUGGUAUCUUGGUAAAUUUUCUUCCUUUUCAAGGUUACUGAGACAUACGGUAAUUUGGCUACGCGCCAGAGAAAUGUUUCGCUCGAGAGGGAAAAGGUACCCAUCAGGAUUCCUCACAACGGAAGAGUUACGAGAAGCAGAACGAACACUUAUCGAACGAGUGCAAAGAGAGUGUUUUCCGAUGGAAUGGGAAGCGCUUUCUAAGGGGGAAGCAGUUUCUCAGCGAUCAUCGUUGCGUUGGCUUAAUCCCAAAAUUUCUCAGGAUGGGCUUAUUAGAGUUGGCGGCCGUCUUCAGCACGCUCAGGAUACAAAACAUCCUAUAGUGCUACCUGCACGUCAUCAUCUAACGAAGUUAAUAUUUUUAUAUUAUCAUGGGCGAAUGCUCCAUGCAGGACCCCAGUUACUUUUGAGCGUAGUAAAACUGCGCUAUUGGCCACUAAGAGGAAGGGAUGCAGCGAGACAGACGGUUCACAAGUGCCAGAAGUGUUUUCGAGCAAACCCAACUUCGGUACCGCAAUUCAUGGGUGAUUUACCAGCGGCUCGAGUAAACGUGGCACGUCCAUUUUCGAAAACGGGUGUGGAUUACUUUGGUCCAAUAUACUUGCGACCUGCACCCAGGCGACCAAUAGUGAAGGCCUACGGUUCUAUUUUUGUUUGUUUCUGCACAAAGGCUGUGCACAUUGAGCUUGUGUCAGAUUUGUCGACAGAAAGAUUUUUACAAGCACUUCGCCGUUUUGUGGCACGGAGAGGAAGACCAUCGGAUUUGUACUCCGACAACGGUACGAAUUUUGUCGGAGCUCGCAAUAAACUCCAAGAAUUACUGCACUUGUUUAAAAAUAAGGAACAUCAUGGAAGGGUAGCUAAAUACUGUGCAGAGGACGGAGUUCAAUGGCAUUUCAGUCCCCCAAGUGCGCCACAUUUCGGUGGGCUUUGGGAGGCGGCAGUUCGCUCGGCGAAGCAACACAUCUCGAGAGUGCUGGGGGAGAACCCAGCUACACCGGAGGAUAUGAGCACGUUGCUCGUACAGGUGGAGGGAUGUCUAAACUCUCGACCGAUUACUGCCAGUUCCGAGGAUCCCAACGAUCUAGAACCACUCACCCCAGCACAUUUUUUGGUCGUUGCCUCACUACAAGCACUCCCAGAUCAGAAUUACCUAGACAUUCCAACCAACCGUUUAAAACAGUGGCAACUGGUACAAAGAAAUGUUCAAAAUUUCUGGAUAAGGUGGAAAAGAGAAUAUUUAUCGCAACUACAAUCUCGCAUAAAACGUUGGCGAGUACCUGUUCCAAUUGAAGAAGGCAAGCUAGUCAUCAUUAAGGACGAUAAUUUACCCCCGUUACGAUGGAAAACCGGAAGGAUUCAAAGGGUUCAUCCCGGCCAAGAUGGUGUUGUCCGAGUAGUGACACUCAAAACCGCAACAGGCUCACUUACUAGGCCUGUAGAAAAAAUUUGCAUUUUACCUUCAGCAGAGUUUGACGAGGACGACGAAGGCUCUGGUCGAGCGAACCAAUAA